AGGCUAGUAUGGUAAUUUUGCAUAGUCCGUCAAACCCCAGCCCCCUCUCCACCGAAUCUGUCACCGGCGCAAACGCGCCUUCUCUCUCUCUCCUGUUCAAAACAAAGAAGGAAGAAAGAGAAAUCCUAAAAAAGAAAGAAGAAAAAGAAACCAGAUCCAAUAAUCCGACCCGAAACUUAAUCGGAUCAACCCGUUGAUUGGAAAAAGGGGAGAGUUGCUCUGUUGCUUCUCCCUCAAUUUCCACCCCGCCCAGAAAUGGGGGAUUUCAAUUUAGCCCUACUGCUUGUGGCGGUAAUCGUCUGCGUUCUGGUGUUCGUAUUCAACGUCUACCUGCUCGUCAAUUACCAGCAUCCAGAUGACGCCAACCAGGCUUAUUUCCCCAAAUUCGUCGUCGUUUUGGGGCUCUCAAUCGCCGCCAUCUCCAUUCUCAUGCUCCCCGCCGACGUGGCUAACCGGCAGGCCUGCCGCCACGCGAUUUACAACGGCGCCUGCAAUCUCACGCUCCCGAUGAAGGAUUUGUGGCUCGCUAUUUACAUUAUUGAUGCCAUACUUGUCUUCUUCGUCAUCCCGUUUGCUAUGUUCUAUUACGAAGGCGACCAAGACAAGACUGUAUGGAAAAGGGUGAAAAGUGCGUCGCUGUGGGUGAUUGUGACAGCUGUUGUUUGUGCUCUCGUUCUGGGAAUUUUAUACGGGCUUAUUGGUAAGGUGGACUUUACUGUUAGGCACCUCUCCUCGGCCACUGAGCCCUUCACACCAUCAUUUAACUUCUCCGAGGGUCAACAAUGUAUUGGUGGAACUAGACAGUGCUCCGCAUAUAUUGCCAAUGCUGCAUCUGAGACAACAUGGACCAUGCGCACUACUUUCCCAGAAUACAUUGUUGCUCUCGCUACAAUUGCGGGAUCUGUUCUCUUCACCAUCUUUGGUGGGGUUGGCAUAGCUUGCCUUCCACUAGGACUUAUAUUUUCAUUUGUCCGGCGUCCAAAGGCUGUUAUCACACGUUCACAAUAUAUUAAGGAAGCAACUGAACUGGGGAAAAAAGCAAGAGAACUGAAAAAAGCAGCUGAUGCACUUCAUCAGGAAGAAAGGAGCGGCAAUAAGGGAAGAAAAUGGCGUAAAAAUGUGAAAUCUGUAGAAAAGGAGGUACUUCUGCUGGAAGAAGACGUGAAGUCUUUGGAGGAAAUGUAUCCUCAAGGUGAAAAGGCUGAGACUUCAUGGGCUAUGACUGUUCUUGGCUACCUUGCCAAACUGGUACUUGGAGUUAUAGGGUUGAUUGUUUCAGUGGCUUGGAUUGCACAUAUAGUGAUAUAUUUGCUGAUUGAUCCUCCCCUUUCGGCAUUUCUCAACGAAGUCUUCAUCAAAUUGGAUGAUAUUUGGGGUCUUCUCGGAACUGCAGCAUUUGCAUUCUUCUGCUUCUAUCUUCUGCUUGCUGUAAUUGCUGGCGCAAUGAUGCUUGGCUUGAAGUUGGUUUUUAUUACGAUCCAUCCUAUGAAAUGGGGAGCUACACUUAUGAACUCAUUUCUUUUUAAUGUGGGCCUCAUUCUUCUUUCCUCAAUCAGUGUGAUUCAAUUUUGCGCCACUGCAUUUGGAUAUUAUGCCCAAGCUACCGCAGCUCAAGAGAUAUUUGGUCAUACACUACAAUCACUUCGGGGCAUCAAGUACUUGUACAAGUAUAACGUGUUUCAAAUUGGAUUCAUUGUUCUAGCGGGGCUCACAUUUGUAUAUUAUGGUGCUUUUGGAUGGAGAAGAAAAAAGCCUAGUGGCAGAUUCCAACUUUCUACAUGAACACGUUGACUCUGAAGAUUCAACACUCGAGUAUGGUGGACUUUCCGGUUUAUGUAUUUAUAGAGUGAUUUUAUGAUCUCGAUGGGUGUGUGCAGCUCGGUUUUUUGAUUUAAUUUGAUUUAAUUGCCUGAAAAAAAAAGAGACUAACAUGUGACUCAACUACCAUCUGGUGUCGUGUUUUUUUCACUUGUUUUCUGCCUGUUGUAUGUAUCAAUUGUUUGAUUAUGAUGUAAAAUUGAUUUUUACUUAAUUCGCAGCAUGUCAGAUAUUGAGUUCGAUACAUAUAAUUACCCUUUGAUGA